UGUGACGUUAAUAUACACGAAUAUUCUUUAGAAACACCACACUUACAAAUUCGCUUGUUUUUCACACGCACAAAAACUAAUAUUUUUUGUCAUUACACAUUCUUGUUGGCAAAAUGGCGUUAACCUUUUCUUUGCACCAGCUGGUAGAAGCAAAUAACUGGAUCGUAGUUCUUGAUAAUGGAGGUUUUCGACAUAAUUUUAAUGGAUUUAUACAGCAGUGUAACAAAUGACUUGAUUUAGUGUUGUUAUAGUUUUUUUGGUAAGCAGAAAGUGCUUACUUGAAAUAGAAUAAUGGCCAAUGAGCAAUUCGGCUUCGUAACAAUAAUUUGCAUAAUUGUGAUCCUAGUACUGGCGGCCAUUUUAUUUUUUUACAAUUCUCUCAACAUCCUCGGUUGGAUUAACGCUUGGCUUACAUCCAACAAAGAAGAAAAAGUGGGAUUAACUAGGUUGAAGGGUCAUUAUAAUGCAAACGGAUACUUGGUUCAUUCAGAUUCGGAUAUACAGUUGGACUGGUCCAGCGGUAGCUUUAAGCGGUUCGAUUCGAUCGAUCGCGAUUUUAAAUUAUCGAUCGCGACCACAAGUUUAAAUGCGGCUUUGGUACCAGAUCAUGAGGAGGAGGAGGCGCAAAUCCCUCCGCAACCUCUGCGUCCCGCUCCUCCUAUUCCCAUCAAUGUAUUUCGUAGCACCUCUUCUGAUGUUAGGCUACAGGAGAAAAGUGCGGAAAGCAGCAAGUCUCCAGGAGAUACGUUGACAGAAUUGUCUACAACCACCUCCAUAUCUCCAAUUCCGAGGCCGGUUAGUUCGGUAAAUGUGGCGACGCUGGCUGCGCAGUCAGCAUUUCCGGUUAAUUUAGAGCCGCCACCGCCGUCUCCGGGUAGAAAUGUGUCCAGAACACAAAGCGCCCCAUUAAAACUAUCAUCUGUCAUAUUGCAACAGCAGCAACAGAGCCACGAUAAAGACAAAUCCAUCGAGAGCACGACAAGUUUCGAUGAAUCCGAUAAUGUUCUAAAAAGGGCGCUGUCGUGCGACAGCGUCUGCUCGGACACCAGCGUAGGACUGGGUGACUUGGAGGGAUUUAACACAACCGGUUAUCUUUGUAUCGGCCUAGAGUACGACAGCGAAAAUUGGGACUUUAUAGUGAACGUCCUGGAAGCGAAAGACUUAAGUAAAGUGGUAAGGUCCGACGGUUAUCUGGACACUUACGUACGGGUGUCCCUGUUACCGGACAAAGAAGCCACUAUUCAAACGAAAAUUUAUCGAAGCAGCAGUAGUCCCAAUUACAAGGAACGUUUUUUGUUUUCUCUGAACCCGAGGGAACAAAUGCAGCGCUCGUUGUGCUUUCAGUUGUAUGCUACCGAUGUGACGUCACACACCUUAAUCGGGGAGGGGGAACUGCGACUAGCUGACGUCAGCCUACGACAACCCGUUACCACUUGGGUGACGCUAACUGAUACCGGCCAGAGAGGCACGGAAUUUGGGGAAAUAAUGUUCUCGUUGAGUUACUUGCCAACAGCUGAAAGACUGACUGUCGUUGUAGUGAAAGCAAGAAAUUUGAAAUUUCAACAGAAUUCCAUGGAAGUUUUUGUGAAGGUUUAUUUAAUGCAACAGAACAAGAAGGUAAACAAAAAGAAGACCACGACCAAAAAGGGUGAGCGUUGUCCAAUAUUCAAUGAAGCAAUGAUGUUUAGCGUACCUGCCCAUACUUUAAAUACAAUCCAAAUGAGACUUACGGUGGCCGAGUUGACCAACGAGGAAACAACCAAGACCACACCAAUUGGUCACGUGAUAGUGGGGAGUCAGGCGACUGGUCGCUAUCUCAGCCACUGGAAUCAAAUGCUUACUACUUUGAGGAAACCGGUGGCGAUGUGGCACUCAUUAAGAAAAUAAAAGAGUUUAUGAAGCCUUGCAAAAAAGUAUACUGUUCAGUGUAGUAGUUAAACUUAAACUAAUUUUCAAGCUGUGUGUUCAAAUGAAAUGAACUAUAAUACCAAGGGUAUAAGCAUCAUUUUAUGUAAAAAAUCAUUUAUUUUAAAAAUUAUUUUUUUCGAAAGUUAUGCCUUACUCGAACCUUGAUGUGGGAGUUUCGAACCGAUGGAUUGUCUGUCACAUCCACACUACAAUUAGGUAGAACCAUCCUAUAUUAAGCCGUAAUUAUAUAAGCACGAAUGUUGUGUACAAGAAUAAUUUGGUCCGCGUUCGUAUAGACCGCGCGCAUAUGUUUCGAUUUAUUUUGUGCAUUACUUUGUGAAGAUUGAUUGCGUUUAAGUGUACUUUAAGUUUAUUAAAUAGUUUUGUACCAUCGCACGAAUUACAUUAACGUGGAUUACGCUUAUUCAAUUAAAAAGAUACUCAAUAUACAUACGGUUUAUCUGCGCAGCCGCUUUUCUUAGGCUUUAAUAAUCGUCAUCCAUGCAGUUAAUCUGAGACUACAUUCUAGAAGUCACAGAAGACGAAACACGUUUUUGCAUCUGGGUUAGAGUGAUUUAUGAUUAUGAUAUCAAUCAAAUAAUUUUUAUUAUGGAUUUUUCAUUAUAUUUAAAUUAUCUACCUCAAGAAAAUGUAGCUUUCGUUUUAUAUUCUUAUAAAUUACAUUAAUAAUUUUUGCACAACCUAUGUUUGAUGGAUUGAGGUCACAAAUAAAACGUUUUUAGGCAACCAUUUCCUUAUAUUAUGACGACUAAUGUAAAUUGUCCUGAGGAUGACCUCAAAGAGGUCGAUACGUUGACAUAGUUUAGGGAAAUGUUUGGCCUAAAUUCAACAAACAUUGGCUGUGCAAAAGUAGUAAGAUUACGGAUUCUACUGAGAUACUGUACUAAUAAUUUACAUUCUUCUUAACUCUAAGUACAGUUUUGUUUAUUAUAUGAUACAUCAUUAUGAUUGAAUAGGAUGAUUCAAUAUACGGCAUUUGGCUGUACUGUACAGCUCUGUAAAAGUCUGUCAAGUUUGUGAUCUUGUACAGCAAGAAUAAAAUUGGCAUUUUCCGAAUUUAUUAGACAUUCCAGGCAUAUUCCAAUAUUUAUUGCGUUGUUGGUAUAGAGAAAUUGAAUGAAUUAGGAAAUUAUAUUUUGUUUGUAAAAAAAAUUAAAAUGUAUCCAUUUAAAUCGGAAAGUAUAAAAAUUAAUACGAAAUGGCCAGUGGGAAUAUUCUGAGAAUAUUAGAAGUAGUAGAAUAUUCCAGGAAUGUGUAUUUGCAUUACAUGGCUCCUUUGCUUCGCUGUAUUUUCUGAGAUUACUUAGGUGUAUAUCUGUAGUAUGUCCCUUUCCAUUUUUCUUUCCCACAUUAAAACUUUGUUUCUGAGGUAUAUGGGCAGAAAACAAGAAAAAAUAGUUGGCAUAAUAUUUGUAUGUAAGGCAUGUAGAUAGCAUCUUGAGUUGAGUAAUUACCAUUUUUCGAAAACCGGAUGAUGUUAAUAGUUGUUCUCUAACAUUUUUAAAAAAUCAACAGCUUAACCUCUUGACUCGCCUCAAGUUAAUAUUAGUAGCGAGCCAAACAUUUUCUUUAGAAAUUUACAUUUGUUUCAGAAAACAUGGAUAGGGCUUACAUAUAGAGUAAAAUAGCAAAAUAAUUAUCCAUUUCUUGGAAAGAAACGUCCUUCGAAUUUCGCCUGUAUCUUCUGGCGUCUUUCUUUGUUUCAAAUAUUAUUAAUUCUACAAUAUCUAAAUCGGUCAUAAGCCUCUAUAAUUGGCCAUAACAACAUCAGGUUGUAGGAAGGACAUUUAUUUCUCGUUCAUCAGUAAAUUAAAAGUUUUUUUUUAGAGAUCAUUCAUUUACUUCAUUUCAGGAUUUGGUGGUCGGUUCAAUUAUAUCUUCGUCUGCUUCGAAAUCUUGAUCGUCUACUUCGGAAUCUACGCUUCUCAUAUUGAUAUUCUUGAUUUUUCUUUAUUCUUGCUUUGUUUUCAUUUUGGUAGAUUUCAAGAUUUUCAUCUAAAAUUCAGAACAUUUUGUUACAAGGAUAUUUAUAAGCUAAAUCAAGCGGAAUGUGAAGAUUAUUAUAAAGUUGUUCGAAAUAUUUUCUGUAAUAAUUCGGCGUAAGAACUUUAAAAAAUACCUCUAUGACAUCUGGGUGCUAAAAAUCUUCGGUAAUAUAAUCAAAGAUGUUGGUUAAUUAAUUUCUAAAAUCUUGUUAUAAAAGUUCAUAUAUGACCUAAUAUUUUUCAUAAAUGACCUUUACUUUCUUUACUAAUUAAUUAUUUACCUUCCGAUUCCAGUUUAUAAAACCAUUUUAAAAUUUUCUCUUCCUCCUUGGAAUCCAUAUCUCAUAAUUGUUAAACUUUUACAAAUAAAUAAAUAAAAACAAGUGAAUAAAACACAAGCACUAAUAUAAAAAAUCUGAAGGUUCACUUUUCCGUGUGAAUCUCCGGUGAUUAACCAAAAAAAACAACGUGUGCAAAACAUAAAUAUGACUCUCCAUUUAUGUUUCUGUCAUAUUUAUUUAUCUGUUUAGCGAGGGUGUACUUAUAUAGAGAAAAUACGUCCGGUCCGUAUUAGAAAUCUGUAUACAUGGUGUUACAUAGACGGGUCAACCCCGGUAAUUCAUCGGGUAGUCAACGUGUUAAAUGUCCUGGCAACGCUGGAAUGGAUUCACCAAUAUUUUGGCAUUGUCACGUUAUAAUAUGCGAUCUACACGCCUUUGCACUUUCUCUGAGCCAUGUGCAAGUAUACUGUGUUGCCACAUUUUUUUUUUUGAAAAAUUCUAAUAGAAUAAAAUAUAUUAUAUUCGUAGAGUAAAUUCACCACCGAGACUGUCGUCUGAUAAAAUCAUAAAAUACGAUCUAAAUGUUUUACAAAUAAAGUAUAGUGUGGCAACAAUCGCUGGAACAAUAAUACGCUGCUUUAAAUUAAAUAAAUGUUUCAACCAAAAAAAAAACAAAAUAUGUAAGCAAUAUUUAAAAUAUUGUACAAUAAUACGGCCAUACAAAAUUUUAACCGUGUUUUUUGCAUCGUUUAUAUAGUCUCAUAUGGACUAUACAAGUCAACGCGGGCGUUGCAGGCUGCUAUCAACCAAAAAUAUAUUUUUAUUAUUAGAUUUGUAUUUGUCGUAUAGUCUAUGUAACGUUAAAAGUCCCUUUAAAUAAUAUACUAUAUAGCUACAAACAAUCAAAUUUAUAUUAUAUAAUUACUGUAAAAUACGUAAAUAACAAGUAAUAAAAUUAGCUUUUUCAAUUUUCUCUACCUCCCUCAGGUCGAAUGUAUGAAUGGAUUUAGUUGUUUUUAAGAUUCUGUGAUAUGCAGGGUGUAACUAAGAAAAACACGCUGUAUAAUGGGUCUUGUUCUCCUUGACGACAAUAAAAAUAUAUUUUAAGUAUUAGUUAGUAUUUAUUAGGAGGUUAAUUUCUAAACUUUUCACAUAAUUAAUUACUAUUAAAACAAAUGCUUCAACCCAACUUCUACUCAAGAUAUUAUGUUUCCUGCUUGUGUAUAAAUGUGCUGUGAUAAUAAAUAUUUAAAUAUAAACAUUAUACUGGGCCCACAAACUUCUACAAAAAAGUCUAUAUAUUAUUAUUAUGUGUGUAUAUAUAUAAAAUAUGUACUAUCGGAUGGGUAUGGAGGCAAGAAAGGUAAUGCGGAAUGUUCAACAGGGUAUCCCAAAAGAGAGAUGCAAAUGUUAUGGUAAUUAUGCCAUUUUAAUUGCUUCUGUGUUAAUGAUAUUGGGAUGUAUUAUGUGGAAUCAAAAACACUGUAUAUUAAUAAAUUGGUCAAAAACUAA